UCUUUGUAAUUUUAGAUACGUUCGCUUCUAAACUCCAAAGAAUAAUUUUAUUCAAAGACAAAUCACUGUUUGAGAUAGAUCUACAUCAUUUCUUCAAUACCGUCGACAGCAAACAACCUAUAUCUAGAAAGAGACUCUUUUGCGAUAAGUUACUUGGUUGUUAUAGUUGUUUCCAAACAAAAUUCCCACCGUAUAGAUCUAGGUCGGGUAUGAGUGAAAGUAAAGAUGUCAAGGUUCAAGUCUGUAGAGGAGGACUAUGGAAAGCCGUUAAAGCCUGAAAGACUUAACGAAAUGAUUCAACGUGUCACUGGAUGGGCUUUGUUAAAUGGUGUUCAGAAGACGAUAACUGGCACUGAAUUCCCUGAAAGAAUCGAACCCAUGCCGAUUACGUUGUUCCCUAGUAUAUUACCAGCCGAUGUUCUAAGGAAAGCAAAAUCUUUACAGACAUCAUUCCAGACGCUGAUCUACAAAGUAGCAAAUGACCAUGAAUUCAUGAAGGAAUGUUUCAGUGGGUUACUUGAUGCGGAUGUCUUCACUAAACAGCUGUGGGAAAUUUAUGAAAAAGUUACAAAAGAGGGUCCGACUCAGGAAGUAUCUGUUAUAACCACACGAAAUGAUUUUAUGAUGGAGUCUACGGAAGAGGACGGUGCAAAACAAGACUGCAAGCAGGUUGAAAUCAACACUAUUGCUGCUGGUGGAGGAGGAGACGCCAACAGUUUGCUAAACGUUCACAGAUACAGUUUGUCAUUGCAUGACAUUCCAUUCAAAGAAGAACAGCUACCAGAAAAUAACCCUAAAGAUGGACUGGCGCAGGGCCUCGUUAAAGCAUGGCAACUAUACAAAAAUAAUCGUGCUGUCAUAUUGUUUGUUGUUGAUAUACCUGAACCAGGUACCCCUGACCAACGCUGGUUAGAGAGAGGCGUCUUCUGUUUAGAUAGAUCAAUCAAAGUAAUAUACAGAACAUUUCCACAGCUGAUCAUGCAGACUUCGUUCGGAGAAAAUAAAGAAUUAAUUGUAGACGGGACAGAGGUUGCUGUUGUUUACUACAGAUAUGGAUUUGUACCUAGACAUUAUCCUACAAAUGCGGAAUUCAAGUUACGAUUAGACAUCGAGAGAUCUCGUGCAAUCAAAUGCCCUACCGUUGCAGUUCAUCUUGCCGGCUGUAAAAAGGUACAACAAGUGUUGACCGAACCUGGAGUAUUGGAGAGAUUUAUAGAUGAUACUGAAGUAAUAAAAGAUAUUAGAUCUACAUUCGUAGGAUUAUACCGACUUGAUGCAAAAGAUUCAAGCAAAAUAAUAACUCAAGCCAUUCAGACACCUGAAAAAUUUGUUCUUAAACCACAAAGGGAAGGAGGAGGAAAUAAUUUGUUCGGAGACGACCUAAGAAAUUACCUUGAGAAAAUAAAAGAAUCGUCGGAAAGAUCUGCAUGGAUACUAAUGGACCGGAUACAAGCCACAAGGCAUAGAAAUCGUCUGAUACGAGCCGGUCUUGGACCCGAAUGUAGGAAUGUAGUCAGCGAGCUAGGAAUCUACGGUGUUCAUAUCAGCACUCCAAGCUUAGAGCUUGAGAAUUUUGAAUGUGGACAUUCGAUGCGUACUAAGCCCGAAGAGGCAAACGAAGGGGGAUUAUGCAAUGGACUCGCAGGCCUCGACACACCAUUUCUUGUUUAGGUACUUGACAGUGUAUGAACUAUUUAAGAAUCUCGUCUGUGUGAUAUAUGCUGGGCUGGACUAUUUACGUUUUAUAUUAUUCAUGAAAAGUAUGACAAAAAGCUGUUUAUUUAUUUACACUUCAAGAACAUUUCACAUUCUGAUGUAAAGGUCAUUUAUAUAUUUCAAAAAAUUGAGCCAAUAGCCAUGCUUUACCUAGUAAACGGAUUGGUUGGUUGGUUGGGUUUAACGUCGUAUCGACACAAUUUUAGGUCAUAUGGCGACUUUCCAGCUUUGAUGGUGGAGGAAGACCCUAGGUGCCCCUCCGUGCAUUAUUUCAUCACGAGCGGGGUAGUUAUACAUUGAGAGCUUGUUUUCUAUUGAACAGCUGCUGUAAAUACGACCAUAAAUGUACGCCUGGGCAAACAUUAUGAAAUUGGUCAUAUAUUUCAUCACUUUUUAUGUAAAGUGCUUUUCUCAAAUUUAUACUUGUGUUUAAGGUCUCCGAUCCACAAAUAUAUAACAUUUUGAUGCAUAUUGACCCAAUGUUUUUUUUUUUUAUCAUUUGAAAGAGUUGUGUCUGCUGAACAAAUAAAUAAGAUGACCUUAAAAAUAUGCACGAAUCACUACAGCCAUAUUUUUUUUGAAUGAGAAAUGACAAUUCUUACGCUGUUAAUACUGAAAUACUGUUGAAGUAUCACUAAAAAUUUAAAGUAAAAAAUCUAUAACAUAUAUUUGUAAUGUAAUUUACAUUCUUUUUACAGUAGAAAAUACACUUUCAAAGACACCAAAAUUGUAUAAGCCUACCAGGCGUCAAUAUUUGAUAUAUAUUAGAUAGCACCGUUAUAUAUAACUUGUUUAUUUGUGGACCGGAUAUAGCUUUUUAUCAUGCAACUACUAUGCAAAGUGCCUGAUAUCACUUGCCUGAUAUUUUAUUUUGUUAUCAGUUCAUUGACCUGAUAUCAAAAUUAAGCUCCUCCCAUAUUGACGGACUAGUUUUUACAUCAGUUUCCUUCCAGACUGAAUUUUAUUACAGAGUCCAGUUUCAAUGUUGCACAAUAUUUUUUCUUAAUAGAUUCUGUAAUCUCAGCAAAUGAGAUAUAUUGUUGUCUCUCAUUUUAUCACACAGACAAUAGCACUGAAUGACUUCAUUGUGAAACGUUCAUCAUGACGUCACAAUGUUUACAUGUAUCGAUUCUUGGAAAGGUUUACAAUACACUUGACAAUGUAUGAUAUACUUAUUCUUGAUUUAAGCCUUAUUUAAGGCAUGCACACAUUUUAUUAAGUAUUAGCAAAAGUGUUUGUGUUACUUAUUAUUCUUGAAUCAGUUAAUUAUAAUUCUUGGAUCAGUGUAAAUAUAGUGAUUUUAAAAACUUUAAAGUCUGGAAGUGGAAGUGAAAUUUUCAGCGCUUUGGACCUGUAGUUGUCUGAGUCAAAUGUUGUAUAAUAUGGAAAUAAAGCAUGUUCUCGUUAAUUCAAGAUGAUGAUUUUUGAUUUUUACGCCGGUAAGAAAUUAUUUCAUUGUUAUUUUUUACAAGAAUAUCAGAAAGUCAAAAACAUUGUCGGAGUUGAAUUCAAUAUGGCUGCCGUAUUGUUUCGUUCAGAGUUCCGUAAAAUAUAAAUUUAUUUUUUUGAUUCAGAAGAUAUUUUUUACGAAAUAAGAGAAGAAGACAUAUGUUUUUCUAGGCAGUUUGAAUGAGUUUCAUGAUAAAUAGAAUAACAAGCUACUGUCUUUUGAUAUCAGUGUUAUCAGGUCUCGGUUGAUAUGGGCGGAAGGGGUUCGGUUCCCUCACCCCUUCCAGCCCAUAUCAGCCUCGACAUGAUAACAUUGAUAUCAAAAGACAGUAGCCUGUUAUUCUCUAUAUAUACUAACAACUAUCUAAUUUACCUAUACAUGCAUCAUAUUUCAAAAGCCCUUACACGGCAUUCUUGAAAAAUAUUGAAUCAAGAUUUCAGUGUUAUAUAUGAUUUUAAAUGUCGUUGAGAUAUAUCAACAAUGCCACUAUGUUUUUUAAUUUGCUUUAUCAUUUAAAUGUAUAAAACUACUAAACAUUACAUGCUUGGGUCCGCUAUAGCCUAUGUUAUUACAUUGUAUCUAACAUGUGGACAUUGAAAUGUGUACCUUAUAUCCAAUAGUUCGCUAUAACCAUGUUUUCUGUAACCAUCUUAUUAUACAUAGAACAAAGAGGGACUAAAAUUGGGGCAUUGUAAAGUGUUCCAUAUUUCCGAAAAUUCGUUAUAUCCAUGUUCGUUAUCGGUGAAGUUUACACAGUCUGUUCUUUAACAAUGUCUUAUUUCGAAAUAUGUGUCUAUUAUGUAUGUGCAUGGACCUAUGUUAUGUUCUCUUCUUUGAGAACGUGUAUUAUAUUUUACGACUAGAUUUUAGAUUUUACUAUUUCUAAAGACGUAAACUUUAUACAUUAAAGAUAUUUAUUUUUCAUGUC